UACUAUGCAUAAAAAAAAUAAAAACAUCAACUCAGAUAUAAACAUUAGACCAAAACAGAUGUUUUAUAUUCUAUGUUAAAACAGCUGUAUAGACAUAUUCUGUAAGUAACAUUUCGAAACCAAUUUACCAACACUAAACGAUGUUCAUUCGCACCAGUGAAACACUUAAAGAAAUUCAAUAAAAUAUGGUUAAAAAUAUCGAUAUAUUUUUGAUAAGAACACGGCAUGCUGGGGUCUGCCGGAAAAGCAACUGCUGGAAAAUCAACUACGGGAAAAGUUGACCAUUGCGAGUUUCUGUCCUACCUACAGACUCUGGGAGAUGUGCUGCCGGAAGACGCCGCCCUUCAGCUGGCCCAGCGAAUACGGGCGGAGGAGGAGGAGGCUAGACACGCCGACACGUGCGGCGGCGCCAACAACCAAGCCUCAUUGAAUGUCUCAUUUCGGGUUUACUACCACAUAGUUCACAAAUAUGAGCUGCAGGACAUCCACUUUGGUGACCUGCCUGAAAAACUCACCCAUGACCAGCCCAGUGCAUUCCUGAUGCUUCAGUCGGUGCUUCUAACUGACCACUGGAAGCAGCUGGAUCCAAUACUUUUAGAGGAAAAGUGCAUCACUGCCGUUCUCGAAGCUCUCAAGAGAAAUAGUCCCAGUCUUUUGCCCAUUUUGAAGGCCACUAACCUUCUGGUGAAAAAGUUUCCGAGAUUGGAGCUUCUCCGCCUGCGCCUGGAGCACUUCUACCGCUGCCUGCAGCGGCAGAGCCAAACAGGAUCUCGGGAGGAGACCCUCACAUUGUACAACCACUGCUGCAAGCAGACGGUUCGAGCAUUUUCUUACUUUCGGUUGAUCGUGGAAUUCUGGCCGUGGACAAAUCGGAAUAAGUACUAUCUGUUGAGCGGAAUAUUGAACUCCCAUUCGUUGUCGGAGCUGCUGGCCACCACCAACCAAAGCGAAGAAGACUUCUUCAACGGACUGCGUUUAAGUUUAAGCUACAAGGGACUGCGGGCCGCGAGUCAGUAUCCAAUAAAGAGUCUCAGCAACCAACGAUCGCCUGCGCUGCUUGCUGCCAGUGUGGAGUUGUUGGUCAGCGGAAACAUUGCCGAGAUUCAGAACUUCCAUUCCCAGUGGUUUCUUCGCAUACAGCAGCGAGAAGUGCUGUUUGAGCUUUUGCAAGCCAAUCCGUAUAUUGUGGAGUUCAUGGGCUGUGUCGAGGACCUCAAAUCGGCGGGCGAUCAGUUGCGCCUGAUUUUGAUAUUUAGCAUGUUCGCCAAGGAGAUAUACAACGCCUCGAGACUGCAUUUCUUCAAGAUUAGCACGGAACUGCUCACCAAUUGCAGUCACCUGGAGUUGGACGCUCAGCUGCUGGUCUUUCGCUUCCUGGUGGACAAUCUGAGCAACUUUGCGGUGGAGGACUGCCUAGAAUUCUUUCACAGUUUCAUUGACCGCCAUCGAGCUGUGGAGAGCGCCGAGUUCCGGAACACGAUGCUGGGAAAAAUACCAACAAUAAUUAACCACACGGCUAAGCACUUCCACAAAGCCUUAAAAUCGGACAUCGGCGUGGGAGGAGAUGCUCUGGCCCACAACAUCAAGCGAUUCUUCUUGCACCUGCAGGAAAUCAUCGAACGAGACAUCGGCAACGAGGUCUAUCAGCCCAAUAUCUUUGCCCUCAAGCUGCUGGAGGUCCUGAACAAGUCUCUGUAUGCCGACCACGUCGUUAAGAAUGCCAAGAUGUGCAGCACCCAGCAGAACCAGCAGAUGGGAAAGUUUCUGAUGGACCAUGGAGUCUUCAGGCCUCAGAUAGUAGCUAAGAAGCUUUUUGAAUCCCUGAAUAAUCCUCAAGGCUUCGAUGACGCCCUUGAGCUGACUGUAGUCCUGUUGAUUCAGCUAAACUACUUGGAUAAUGAAAGGAGCUUGGAUCGUUGCUUCGAACUUUGCGACAGCUCGGACGUGGACGAGUGUUCCUUGGUGACGCUGUACGCCAAGUUGGCUUUUGCCAAGGAGCCACCCAAGGAAACGGAUUUCAAAGAAUGCCUCGACCGAUUGACGCUUAAAAUUGAUUCCUAUCUGGAGGAUCCUCUGAGCACUGCCAAGAUUGGCGGUCAUCUCUUUGGCUAUCUUUGCGUACUUGACGAGGUGAUAAAAUCAAAGGGUCCGGUGGAUCAACCUCUUGAGGAUUUGUUGCCGAUUCUUGAUCGCAUUCUGAAGGGCGUUCUGCAGUUCCUCAAUUUGGCCAACACGAGGCGCAAGGCAGAGGCAACCACGGCCGCCAGUUUCCAGGACAUGGACGAGAGUCUUCAGCUGCUGGUAAGCGAGAGCUCUUUUAAGUCCGGAGAUGACGAUGAGGCUUGCCGGAAGUACUUGCUCAUGAGCUUUUGGCUUACUCUAAAGGGUUGUUGUGAUGUGGCGACGACCAUAGGAUGCAUUUUGCUGGAAACCUUCCAGAAAACCGUAAACUGUGCAGCUUUGAGCCGCUGUCUGGACAUCAAUGUCUCUGUUCUGACCCUCUGUCGCCAUAAAGGAGCAAUUGAAGCUGCUGGGUUGAGUAUAGGAAGACUUACCCGCAGCAUAACUAGUAUCCUAGACAGCUCAGACGCUGGUUUUCAGUUGUUGCACGAGUGUCUCGAACGUGAGCUCCUGGCCGAUAGUCGCCAGGUGAGCACCACGCGUCGAGGAGCUGGUUUCGCGAUUAUGUUCUUGCACGUGUUGAAGAACGAUAAUCCGCAACAGCGUUUGGUUCUUCACAAGGCCGUUCAACAGAUUCUAAAGAGGCUAAAUAGUGUGACAGGGGCUGCUCCCACGGACAGCAACCAUGAUCGAUGGGAAUCCUUGGCAUUGCAUUAUCUAUGCGUUCUGGUGCGUGACACGGAACUGAGGCCAUCCAUGUGCAAGUACUACAACGAGAUUCUUCUCGUGGCUAUGGAGCACAUCCAUAAUCCUGAAUGGACCAUCUCGAAUGCGGCACUGCAGCUGUUUGGCGCCAGUCUGGGGAAGCUAGUGGGCCAGCGUCAGGCCACGGAGUUCGAUACGCGUCCAGCUUGGGAACCCAGUGAACUGGAUUACGACGAGCUGGGCUGCCUGCUGCCCAAAGCUUGUGAGCACAUGUUGGAGUGCUGCGAUCGGCAGGAAGUGACCUCCUCCAUAAUACUCUUUCUCGCCUUUCUCUCCAAGGUGGAGCAUCUGCGCACUUCGGAUGGCAAGGUGCCGAAUCCUUUGCUGCUCCGCUUCCGCCGUCUUAGCUGGCGGCUUUUGCGGCACAAGUGCGAGCAGGUUCGUCAACUAGCCGCCACCUGUUUUGUGCGCUCGCACGAGUUCCGUUGUGAUCUUCCAGCGGUACUGCUCUCCAGUGCUAAGUUAGCCGCUCAUCUGAGUGAUGAGAACUUCUACGAGGGACUGAUCUAUGCUCUCACAGCUGGGGUAUUGAAACUGCAGUACGAGGCACGCUAUGUGUGGAGUCAGGAACGCCUGGAAAAGUAUUUUGAAGAACUUCUUAUACUAUUGGACAUCACUGAGCAAGUUCAGCGCUUCAAACCAUACACGCGUAAUGUUCUUUUGGAAUUCCUGAGGCUGUUGGGGAACAAAGAUAAGGUGACUUUGGUGGAAAAUCUUAGAUAAGUUAAUUGUAUCUAAUUCGCAAUCUAGACUAAGCGAAAAGUUUUCAUUCUCGGCCAACGCUUUUACAACUACUCAAAUUACGCAUUUAAUAUUUGUACGCAGUAAACACAAUGAAAGUAAUUACCAAA